GCAUCCUUGGAUUCUGAGACAGGAACGCACACAUGCCACGCCAGUAGCCAGUAGAACACCACCACUCCGACUACCAACACCGGCAACAGCAGUCACUCCACCACUACCAUCACCACGUACCACAACGUGCCACCACCUCUACCACUAUACCACCAUCACCACUUCACCAAGAUGCCGCAGUAUAAGUUGAUGUACUUUGAUGCUCGUGGAAGGGCGGAGGUCAUUCGAAUGCUCUUCACUCUCAAGGGGGUGGAGUUUGAGGAUUGCCGGAUGAAACGAGAAGAGUGGCCAGCCAUGAAGGACAACACAGAAAUGUUCCCCCUCGGCCAGGUGCCAAUUCUCAUCAUUGAUGGAAAGACCAUGCCUCAUGGAAAGGCUAUCAAUCGCUACCUUGCCAGAAACCUCGGCUACUAUGGAAAGACCGAUGAGCAGACGAACGUCAUCGAACUGGUGUCCGAAAGCGUGGACGACAUCAUCCAGAAAAUCUAUCCCAUCUAUUACGAUAAGGAUGAGGAGAAGAAGGCGAAGAAUAUGCAGGAGUUUAAGGACACUGUGUCGGUACCCCAGUUCAAAUACCUUAUAAGUCUAUUCACUCAAACCAAGGGACCAUUCUUCUGCGGUGACGAGAUCACUUUGGCCGACCUCAUCGCUUUCACCAUCUUCGACGCCAUCAUCCUUACCAUGCGUAUCACCGACAUCUUAGACCCUUAUCCCGAGCUCGCCGCCUUCUAUAAGCGUUUCAACGAAGACUCGCCCCUCAGUUCGUACAUCAAGUCACGCCCCGUCACCUUCUUUUGAUUUGGAUCAUUUAGUUCAAAUAAUGGCUUCAAUUCAACAUUGAGCAUUGACUGAUAUCUAUAGUAUCGUACUUGUAAUUGGUAUCACGGGAAAUGCCGCUUUUAAUUACCUUUGCAAUGAUCAUUGAAUGUAAAUAUGUUGCCAAGUCAAAAGAUGUAUGUUGCAAAAUACAUUGUAAUUGUCAAUAGUGGAUUGGCGCAAUCAGGGGUGUCGAUUUGUAUCAGUGGU